CCCUGGGACCAGAGCAGACUUUGCCCCUGCUCUCCUGAACACUCAGACCUUGCCCUGCUGGGCUGUAAAACAACGCUGACUCUGUGAAGCCUUUGGACACGGCAGUGACUGCUCCGGGGACCCUGCACUCUGCAGCUUGUCCAGCAGCCCCAGCACUGCCCUUGGAGCCCUCCUCCCCUCCAGGAGCCAGAGCCAUGCGCGUGGCCAUCAUCGGAGCCGGGGUGAUCGGGCUCUCCAGCGCCCUGUGCAUCCAUGAGCAGUUCCACAGCCUGGUGCCUUCCCUGGAGCUGGAGGUCUACGCUGACCACUUCACCCCCCACACCACCAGCGACGGGGCGGCCGGGCUGUGGCAGCCCUACCUGAGUGACCACGGCAACCUGCAGGAGACGCUCUGGAAUAAAGAGACGUUCGAUUACCUCCUCGGGCACCUGCACUCCCCAGCAGCCAAGGAAAUGGGACUUUUCCUCAUUUCUGGCUACAACCUGUUCACAGAGCCGGUGGCGGACCCAUCCUGGAAGAACAUUGUCCUGGGAUUCAGGAACCUGACACCAAAAGAACUCGAACUCUUCCCUGGUUACAGCCAUGGCUGGUUCAACACGGCGCUGAUGCUGGAGGGCAGGAGUUACCUGCCCUGGCUCACCAACAGGCUGACGCAGAGGGGAGUGAAGUUUUUCCAUAAGAAGGUUGAGUCUUUCCAGGAGCUGUUUUCCCAGGGUGUGGAUGUGGUGCUGAACUGCAGCGGGAUGCGUGCGGGGGACCUGCAGCCCGACCCGGAGCUGCAGCCCGGCCGGGGCCAGAUCAUCAAGGUCCUGGCCCCAUGGGUGAAGCAUUUCAUCAUCACUCACAACUUGAAAUCCGGGAUCUACAACUCGCCCUACAUCAUCCCGGGGAGCGAGUUCACGGUCCUGGGAGGGAUUUACCAGCACGGCAACUGGAGCGAGGAGAACAGUGCCAAGGAUCACAAAUCCAUCUGGGACAGCUGCUGCCGGCUGCUCCCGACUCUCCAGAAGGCAAAGAUCGUGGAGGAGUGGAGCGGCCUGAGACCAGCACGGCCCACGGUCCGCCUGGAGCGGGAGAGCAUCCACCUUGGGAAUCUCCAGGCAGAGGUGAUUCACAACUACGGCCACGGCGGGUUCGGGAUCACCAUCCACUGGGGCUGUGCCAUGGCAGCAGCGCGGCUCUUUGGGAGCAUCCUGCAGGAGAGGAAGCAGCGGGCCAGCCUUCCAGGGCCCCGCUUGUGAGCACCUGCUCCUCUGGAAUACGUGACAAGAGUAGCUCAGGAAUCACAGCAGAAUGAUGGGAUCAACACAGGGAUACACACAUGGGCUGCUCCACCCUGCUCCAGCUCUGGCUCACAGCAUCUCAUUUCCAGGUUGCCGCCAUUCUCCAGAUGGCUCCGCUCCCUCCACAGCCUGCCUGGAGGAAGGGCUUUCAAAUAUGCACUAAUUAUCCAUGGCAAAGUGCACCAAGUGCUGUCUGGGAUCAGGCUGCAAAGGUCAGGCAGGGUUCAGCUGAACCCUGGACACUCCUGCAGUUCAUCUGCACCAAGGGACGGGAUCUGAAACGGAGCUGGGGACACCUGAGGUCUCUGCUGGCUGCUCCAACACCCAGUGUGUAAUUAGAUUUACAGGCUCCCCUCCAGGAGGCAAAAGCUCCUUAGUAGGAAGAAGCUCUGAGGCUCCCAGGGGAGUAGCAGCAGCUCUGGGAGCACGUGCCUGGGUUACACCAGUUUUCCUCACAUUCCUGCCAGGACAAAGCUUGGGCCGCAGCACCUGGUUAGUGUAGCUGGCCCCAGACAGCAGCACUUGCCUAAAAUGGCCUUUCCAAACGACGUUUUUAGCAACAAAAGCAACUUGUUCCAACCCCGUGGAACUUGCCAGACUCUAUAUAUAGCAGAGAGCAUAAGAAAAUAGCUCUUCUUGUCCCUAAAACUCCCACGGGCUCCUCAGCUUUCCAUUUCUCCCAGCCGUGGGACACAGCUCAGAGAGAGGGGCUGGCUGGGGAAGGGCUGUGCAUCCCAGAGGAGGAGCAGGGCUUUUUGGGGUGUUCAGGGAUGCUGUUGGGGCACUGUUCUGAAGAUGCAGCCUGGCUGAUUUUCCCAUGCCAUGUGCCUUUCCUGCUCUACAAAGCAUCCCAGACAGGGAUGGUCGGGAAGCCUCAAAUCCAAAGGCUGUUCUGAGCCCAGCACAGUGCCUGGCUCGCUCUCCUGUGUGGAUAAGCCAAGUGUUCCUUACUCAUCCGUGAUGCAGCUCCUCUCUCCCCAUGACUUCAUGUGCCAGGAAUAGCUCAGCAGCCUGGGCUGUGCUGCAGCCGCACCUCAGGAAUGGGGGAUGCCUGAGUGAAUCUCUGUGCUGUGCUUGGGGAAAUUGGGAGCUGGACAGGGGAAACUGGGAGCCACUGCCAUGCCCAAUCUGUCCAAAGAAUUCCCAACUUCCCUGGUAGAUCACCUGAGAUGUUGCAGUCAGUGGGUAAGAUCAGAAGAAGGGUUUGGAAAAGGAAAACAAGGGCUGGAGAAAAUUCCCUGCUGAUUAAUGCUGAAUCUGUGAUCCCACCUCAGGAGAAGCCAUUGAGGGGAACUGGAUCCCCUUGGUUUCACUUGUUCCAAAUAGGAGACAUUCCAGGAGCACGUUCUCCGCUGUAAAGCCAGCCCCACGUAGGUGAUUUUGGGAAAAUUCCGCUGGACAAGCAGGGAUGUAGGAAAUCAUCGCACACCUGGCACCAAGCAGCUGAUUGUUGUGAUCUCAGAGCCUACAGGAGCCACUGCCCUGUGAUCUCCCACGGCCCCUUGGCACACAGGAAUGAGCAGAUUUGUAAUUUUAUUUGCAGGUUAAUUCUGUUUGUUUUCUAAAGGCCGCAAUUUAAUUGGUGUGACCAAUAAAGGGAAUAUUCAAAUCUC